UUUUCGAAUUUUUUUGUAUAUACUCUAAUUUCCCUCCAAAAUUUUCUUUUAGAAAUUCCUUACCAAAACAGCACACAAUAACAACAACAAAUCUUUUUUUCCUCUUCCAGAUUUUCUUUUCUUUUAUUUAUAUCCCCUUUAUAAAUAAAACUGCCCACAGCUGAGUGGGAUAGAGCAUUAAGUAAAUAAAUAAAAAAAUAAAAUUUAUUGAGUUAGAAGAUUUAGAAAAUCUUAUUUAAAAAAUAAAUUUUUUCUGCACUUGUAAAAGCUAGGGAGGGGGGAGGAUAUGUAAAAAUAAAACUUGAAACUUGAAAAAAGUUUUUUUUUAAUUUUGGUACUCUAUCGAAUUUGUCUUCCCUCAUUUACCCUUCCAUUUUUUUUCUUACAAUUUAAUAAAAAUUAUAAAAUUGUUGACAAAUAUACAUAUAUGUAUGUAUCUUUGGCAAACUUGCUGGUUAUCAGAAUUAUCAACAAUAGUUCUUUCGUUUAUUCUCCCACUUUAUCUUCCCUUAAUCUCUUCAUUUUUAUUUAGCUACCUUUAUUUCUUUUUCUUAAAAAUUUUUUUUUGUUUUUCUUGUCUCCUUCCUGGUCUCCAUUCAAAAUAUAUAAUUUAAAUUUUUUUUAUCCGUCUCUUACACUAAUCUUUGAACGCCAAACUUUUUAAAAAUGUUGUCAUUAAUUCUUGAAAUUUAUGAUUUCCUUCCUUCAUUUUUUCCUCCCUAGAGGGUCUUGCAACAUAUUCUUUUCAUUUAUUUUUAAAUUCAUCAUUUACUACAUCAUUUUUUGGUGGGUUAUUCCAGAAGAUUAAUAUGUUAAUAAGUUUGAAUUUUUGACAUUUUAAAUUUUUUGAAAUUUUGACUUAUUGGCAUUUUGACUUUUUGAAUUUUUGUUAUUUUUAACUUUUUUGGCUUGAUUUUUUGACAACUUGAACUUUUUGACUUGUCCUGACUUGACUCAAAACUAGUGCUUCGCCGAAAGUUCCGGUUCCGGUAAGCCGGAAAUCCCGGGAUUUUUUGGCUCCGGUUCGGUUGUAAAGUUCCGUUUCUGACCAAAUUUGCGGUUCCGGCGAAGCACUGCUCAAAACCUUGACUCUUUGACAUUUUCUAUCCUUGACAUUUUAAAUUUUUGGCAUUUCGACUUAUUGGAAUUUGAUUUUUUGAUUUUUUUGACAUUUUUGACUCUGACAUUUAGACACCUUGGCAUUUUAAACUUUUUUCUAAUCUUUUGCUCCUCGAUCUUCUGGAUUAAUUCCC